ACUGGCUGGUGCACGCGCUCGUUGUCGCCCCUUCCCUCCUCCCCGCGCUCUCCGUCGACGGGUAUCCCCUCUCCCGCUGCCGACGAUGCGACGCCCCGCCGACCGGACGUGCGGACGUACGUCGAGCCGGCGCGACGCAAAACGCGAUCAGUCUCGUGCGGUGGCGAUGCGGCGAACCGAUCAUUCGUUAUUGCGAAGCGCCCGCACCCGUUCCGUUCCGAUCGUACCGCUGCGGCCAUCACCACCGCCACCACCACCGUAACAAGGCACGACUGAGUCCCCGUUUGGGUUUCACUGCAGAAAAUGAAUACGGCAUCAUCAGAAAAUGUCAAAACAACUGAUUCAACUCCCGAAGAAAACGGAGAAAGAGUCAGACUCAAAAAACAACUGGGUCUUCUCGAAGGUGUCGCCAUUAUUCUGGGCAUCAUUUUCGGAUCCGGUAUAUUCAUCUCGCCUUCGGGAGUGAUGAACGAAGCUGGAUCAGUCGGCCUCAGUCUGACUAUGUGGUUCAUGUGUGGCAUGCUUUCCAUGAUCGGCGCGUUAUGUUAUGCCGAACUUGGUACAUCUAUACCGCGGUCGGGCGGAGACUAUACAUAUCUGUUCGAAGGAUUCGGGCCCCUGCCGGCUUUCCUUUAUCUGUGGGACGCCAUGCUCGUGUUUGUACCGACCACCAACGCAAUCAUGGGACUGACGUUCGCCAACUACGUAAUCAAACCGUUCUUCCCGGACUGCGACAACCCGGAUCAGGCAGUCAGGCUCCUGGCAGCCGGCGUGAUUUGUUUCAUAACUUUUAUCAACUGCUGGAACGUCAAGGCCACCACUAAAGUCCAAAACGUAUUUAUGUUCACCAAGAUAUCUGCGCUGGUGAUGAUCAUCGUGUGCGGUGGCUAUUACCUGUACUUGCACGGAUUUUCAAAGUUCUCGAACCCUUGGCAAGGAUCGGUCACAGACCCCGGCCGGCUGGCAGUUUCCGUUUAUUCCGGAAUAUACUCGUACUCGGGAUGGAACUACUUGAACUUCAUGACCGAAGAGUUGAGAAACCCAUACGUGAACUUACCGAGAGCCAUUUACAUUUCCAUGCCGCUUGUGACCAUCAUCUACGUGUUGGCCAACGUGGCGUACUUGGCCGUUUUGACACCGUACGACAUGAUGACGACCAAAGCGAUUGCCGUUACUUUCGGACACUUGGCCAUGGGCUCAUUUGAAUGGAUCAUGCCCCUAAUGGUUGCCCUGUCAGCAUUUGGUGGUCUGUGUGUUCACAUUAUGACUUCAUCCAGAAUGUGCUUUGUCGGAGCACGAUACGGUCAUUUUCCAACAUUUUUGUCCUUCAUAAAUAUAGAUAGAUAUACACCAACUCCAUCACUAGUGUUUUUGAACAUUCUUUCUCUGUUAAUGCUCUUCACUAGUAAUGUUGACAUGCUGAUAACAUACUCAAGUUUUGUUGAAGCAUUCUUCACAAUGUUAUCGGUGUCAUCUGUGUUAUGGAAUCGUUGGAAGCGUCCCAACAUUAACAGACCAAUUAAGGUAUCCCUUUGGAUCCCAAUCACAUAUGUGGUAGUAUCAUUGUUUUUAAUUGUAUUGCCAUGCUAUGUGAGACCUAAAGAAGUUGGUAUGGGUGUCGGUAUUACCUUAUUAGGAAUUCCAGUCUACUAUUUGUGUGUUGUUUGGCAAAACAAGCCUGUGUGGUUCCAAAAUUCAUUAAAGCACACCACUUAUACUAUUCAAAAAUUGUUUAUUAGCGCUAAAGAAGAAAAAGCAGAAGAUAUUUGGGAAUAAUUAUGUAUUAAUUGCAUACCUUUGUGCUUGGAUAUCUUAAUUUGAUUGAUCUGCUUGUCAAUUAUUUAUUUUUACCUCAAACACUUCCUUUAAAAACAUUAAGUUUUUGUUUGUUUUGUUCAUAAUUAAUGCAUUUCCUUGCACUUUUUUUUUUUUUAGUUAUUUUUACAUGACAUUUUUAUGUUAUUUGCCAUCAAAUGGUCUAAUUUUCUUAUGAUUAUUUAAUGUUCAGAAAUGUUAAUGCCUCUUAUGAAAAUAUUUUGUUUAAUCA